AUGGAUGACGACGACGUCGGAUUCUUCGACCGCAGGCGCAAGCCGAGCAAGCCAAAGUCGAAACCAAAGGAAAAGCCCUUGACCAACUUGCCCAGCUCAUCCGGUGCCAAGGCCGGAUCAGCGUCAACUUCAGCGACGCAGGGUAGCUCCUCGGCAGCCGUAGCCUCGAGCUCGCAGUCCGCAGCACCUGCGAAGUCUCCAGAAAUCUCGUACGAUCACUAUGAGAUAUUCACUUUAGGAGGAGACAAGGAUGACAACGAUGACGAGGAAGAGACGGUCAUGUCAAGCAGCGAUGUAUACAACAGCGAUGACAGCGACGCUCCCAAGACACGUCAACCCAAGCGUCGCAAACACAAGCACGUCACCAACCUAUCCGGCUGGGCAUUAGAGGCCAUCAAUCGGCAUGCGUCACAGGAGCCUUCAUCUUCUUCAUCAGCCACUACCUUCUUUGAUGCUCGAUCCGAGCUCAACAGCACCGGAGGCACCUCGACCGAUCUCGAGAAAGCCGGCAGCACGAAACAAGCCAACGGUGUUCCAAGCGGGAGGAAGAGGGAGGACAGUCUCACACCACCGCCUCAAGUAUCGCCGGAAAAGAAAGCAAUGGCGCUCGACUUGGUCGACCGCACCAUGGGAAGCAAGUUCAAACUUUCGACCUCCGCCGUCGCAGCAGGCCCUUCCAGCACCAACGCCGCUUCGGCCUCAAAUCGGGUCACCAGGAGUACUCGCAGCUCUGCGACACCAGCAUUCGGUCAAGAUCCUGCUCCAAUAUCGACUCAAGGGCCAUCAUCAGCGAUCGCCGGAGCCGAAGCGCCAGAUGACGUUGACGCGGCAAACGAGGUCGACUUCUGCCCAGAACUCGCGCGCUUGCUGCCCGGAGAGAAGAACAGACGCAUUCGCGAGCAAGCGAAAGCGAGACUCGAAGAGAAACGCAAACAGCAAGAGCUGGAACGCACCCGUCAGCAGGCUGCUUCUCAAGCCUCAGCCUCUUCGUCGCAACGAGGCGCUCAAUUUGCCCGAGUUCAAUCAGCCCCGCAGGCGAGAAUAGCCGAAGCGAUCGAGGUGAAUGACGGCAACGACACCGAUAACAGUGUCGAGUUGGUAGGAAGACCCAUCAGGAGGGCGAGCGCCUCACCGCGUCGCAGCCGCUCAUCCGGUCAGGCACACGACGCAGUCAUUGUCAUUGACGACUCGGACGACGAGCCAGCGCCAUCAGCCACGGUUUCCAGACCGAAUGGGACCAAUGCCAAGAGGACUUCGCCAAGUCCACCGCCAGCAGAGACACCAGGCGAGACGCUCAGUCUCACCAUUCAGUCGAAGGCCGGAUCAUUAGUGGUCAAUGUCACGCCAACAACGCUUCUGUCUCGACUUGUCCAGCACUUUCACGAAAAGAAGGAACUCGGCGAUUCUGUCAAGGUCGAUUCCAUCAAGAUCUCGUUCGACGGCGAACCGGUCAAACAGAGUCAGACAGUGGGUGAUAUGGGAGUAGAGGACGAAGACCAGAUCGACUUCUCUUGGUCUUGA